AAAACGAUCAUAUCUUUUAUGCAAUGUCGCUUUUUUUAUCAUUUAGUUUUUACUUUUCUACACUGAAACCACGAAAUGAAAAUCUCAAUAGUUUUCAUAUUAAUCUACGUCAUCACUUCAUGCUGGUGUCAAGAUGAAACGGUGUUUCACUGUUCACCCAAGCCUGGUUGUCAGAUUGCACAUUGUGAUUCGGACAGACUAACCUUUGACAUUGAUAAACAUACCAAAGAAUAUCCGAUCUCAUGCAAGUCCAAUAGUACUAUCCUUAGCUGGCUUGAUUUGGCAUCUAGAAAUUUGGAUAUCACAAAUAUCAGAAUAGGAUUGAAAAAAUUGGAAAACAAGUUUGAUGAAAAAAUGGAGAGUUCCGACUUGAUUGAAAUUCAAGAAAUGAAUGAAAAGUUGGUAGAAGAAAACAAUAAGAUGAAGAAAGAUUUGAUUAAAGUACAAGAAAUGAAUGAGGAGUUGAGAGAUGACAACGAAAAGAUGGAGAAAGCGAUAUCCAGGAUUGAACAAAGACUUGCUGUUAUGGAGAAGUCUCAGAAGCUUCCAAAUAGAUCCGGGCAGAUUAACAGACCAACAACAAAGACUCGAGGAACAUUGAAACCAACUCCUCCUCCAGAAAACUGCAAAUUGAAGAUAGGAAAUAUCUGUUAUUUCGCUGUUAUAUAUCAUAAGCAGAAUGUCAAAUAUGACAAAGCAGUUGAUAUCUGUAAAAAACGUAACGCAGAUGUUGGUUUGAUUCGAAAUGAAGAAUCUUACAAUGCGAUUAUGAAUUACUUGAGAAAGAAUAUUCCAACGAAACGGACGUGGGUUUAUAUAUCGACAGGAAUCAACUUUGAUCCAGUGACUGGUGACGUCACACCUGCAGAUUCAUUCAUUAAAUGGAGUCGGGAUGGUAUUCCAUUCACGGGAAUUGAUUUUAAAGAUCGUACAAAUGUUUAUCUCGAUGUUAAUUUUAAACCGAGUUAUCAUGAUCAAGGGAUGGCGAAUGCUGCUCCUACCUGGGAGCGUAACGGAGUUAUUUGUGAGAUCCUGAUCUAAUUAAAUGUCUGCUUGAUUGUAUUUUUUCACUCUGGAUCCAUCAUCAAUGAAACAUAAAUCAUUGAAUCCUGAUUUAAAAUUUAAACUUUUGGUAUUUGUAGUAAAUACAGUAUAUAACAGUAAAUAUAAAUUAAUAAUUUAAAUUAGCAUAAUUAGUUAAACUAACUUGCGUUUGAUGGAGAAAUUUUCAAUUUUUGGAUUUGAAUUUUUCAG